CCUAUUUCUCCAUUACUUCAAAAACAGCAUAACAACUGAUUGAAACAUGAAAAGCGACACCGAGGUGGAUGGCGGCAUAAAGCUGGAUAACGAAAAGACUUUUCCGGGUCGGAACGGACUUAUUUCUGAGAUAAAAAGAGCCCCGAAAAGGCAUCUUCGUUUUAUCAACUGUGUACUCGUAUUUUGUGUCACUUCGGGAAUUUUAACGACCUGUGUUGUAAUUCAUUUAGGCAUUGAGAACUACAACAGAUUACGAGAAUGCAGGGAACUUCGUUCAGAAAUAUUAUGGCUAAAGUGGAAAAUGGGAAUUCGGGAAAAUUUUAAUAAUACAUUUAUGAGUGAUGUAUCUUUUGGCAAGGUCAUUGUUAAUGAUGAGCCUGUGAAGAGUAUCUCGUUUCGUGGCUCCCAGAAGACAAAUUCAGUAGAAUCCCCUCCACCAUACCAAGCAAUGGAAGCGGUGGUUUCCAAUAGUGGUGUGAAGCAGGCCAAUCUCGUUACUGUUCAGAAAAACUUGAGCGUCCCAAUUCAGCCAUCUAAGACUUUAAGGAACGAUCCAUUGGCGCUGUUUGACAAAGAUUUAUCGAUGUCAAAUCUCAAUUCGCAAGUUCGACAUUGCAUGGCAAGAAUCAAACGACUGGAAGACGUUCAAGUUGAAUAUAAAAAGUCACAGGAUUUUUUAAGACAACAAAUGCAUCCAAGAUUUGCUUUGAUUGAAAAUUUACUAGAAGUCAGUAACAAGCAAAAAGAAAUCUUACCAACAUUCUCUGCUUUUCUAUCGAGUAACACAGCAAUUGAAAUUUACAAAAACGACGAAACUCCGAGGGUGGUAUUUGACGCAAUCAUGCUAAAUGAAGGUUCUGCGUACGAUCAGAAAAGUGGUAAAUUUACGUGUACUUUGGAAGGAUUGUACGUAUUCCACGUCGGGGUUGUUAUGACGCCUAACAAAAACCUCGCAACUGCUCAAGAUAUUCUCUAUGUCGAUUCUUCUACUGAUUCAACUUGCGCUAUAAGUCUACGGGUUAACGGUCAGAAUUUGUCCAAAACGACGUCAGCAGUCGGUGAAAGCACAAACUUGUACGAAGGAUAUGACGUCACGGGUGUCCGGGACAACAAUGGCGUUACGCUUUUUGCUACCUUGGUCACGAGAUUGUCGAAAAAUGAUAUAGUCGAUGUCACCAAGUUACGAACUUGCACAAUUCGAGGACAUAAGACAGCCAUGAUAUCGACUUUCCAGGGAUAUUAUUUACACGACUGAAUCGCAUUUGUCGAAACACGUUAUAGCUAAGUUCGCAUCAAUGAAUUAUAUUCCAGCAUUAGGCACGAAUUCUUGAUGCAAGAAAGAACGUUUAUAAGAUUCUUGUAUGGGCAAAUGCCGCCGCCAAUGGUGGAUGUUAUUUUUAGGAGGUUUCCAAGUUUAAUGAAGUAAAAUCUGUUGACGAAAUCGCGUUUCAAAGUAAAUCCUAUAUAAAUCUUUUCGCCCUGUCCCUUUUAAUGAUAUUCCAAAUCGAUUCGUGUUUUUGGCCAUAAUAUUGUUGAAUUUUGAUACAAUUUAUUAUACUUUGAUAACAAUAAGAUGGGUGAAAAAAUAAAGCCUGACUUACGAAAUUUGGAAUACAUAUGUAUACAGCUAGUGUCUUUGGAAAUGAAUUGUUGUUAUAAUAUCACUCGGUAUUAUAAACUUGGCUUGACAAUUCCCGAUUCAUUAAAUUGAAGUUGUGGUUCAGAAUGAUAGUGAAAUUGGCGAGGGUUCUGAAUUUUUUUACAGUGUAGUAUGUAUUUCCCCGAUGAAUAAUGAACGGCGUGUUUAUGAUAAACAUAAACAAGCAGAUCGCACGAGAAAAAUGUGACUUUCAUUCGCUCAUAUUUUUUCACAAACCGAGUCAUCAAUCUGGUUCUUUCCGCGCCUUUCGUGUGACAAAGAUAACCAUUUACAGAAAUUUUACUGUUUAUACAAAUGUACCGCCCCUUCCUCGUUAGAUGUUUAGUGUAAACAAUCGCUACUCUGAGCAUUCCUUUAUUUUCUAUUCCAUGUGGUAAGAAGAGAGUAUUAAAAAUCUUUUGCAUGAAAAAUUUAUGAGAUAGGGAUCCCGUGAGGCGAUAUUUGUCUGUUGUAAAACUUAAAUUGCGUAAAAUUGAUUGUAUUAUGAAGAUUUUGUUCUGGAUUGGUAAUAUUUGGAAGUUUAAACGAGGGGAUAAUAUGUAAUACGUUUAUUUGGAUUUAUGUAUAUGCCAGUCAAAUGAUCAAUUGAAUUCCUGGAUAAUGUAAGCUAACAAUGCGUUACAUUCAGGCUAACAUUUAAAUCCAUCCAAAGGUCUUUCAAAUGCCACAUACUGCUUUCCUUUGCCAUUUACACUGACACGAUGCUUUGAUGUAUAUGCUCACAGUUAACG